GCACGUUUUGCAACCCUUAAUUACAAGGCUUUGGCAAUGGCUCCGCGCCGAGGCAAGGCAGCACAGGGGCAGCAGACCCUGAGCUUCUGGAUGCGAGAGAAGAACGAUGAAGGCAAGAGAGGGGCGCCCUCUGAUGUCGAUGAGUCUGAGCAUAGUCCCGUGGAGCGCAGUUUCCAGGACUCACCGCGCCCGGCAAAGGUCCGGAAAGCCACCUCGGCGCCAUCUCUUCGCCAGCGGCUUGCCGCGCGAGGUGCUGAGCCGCCACCAGAGUCAGCACAGGACCGGAAAAGCCAAAGCAAGCUCUUCGAGAGCUUUGGGCGAAAGUCAGAGGAUGAUAAAGCAGUGGCCACACCUUGCCGAAGCCCACGCUGGGCCACUCCGCGCUCGCGUGGCUGUGAGGGCGGCACGCAGGCAAGCACCUCGUCUGGUCCAAAGAAGGAAGACACGGGCAGCCCGGACCAAAGCUACGAGUCGAGGCCAAUUGCCAGAUCUGGGAGUACGAUUUCAGCUCCAGAGGCUCCUGAAGUUGGAGCCGUCGAUGCAGCGCGGCAAUCCAGAGAAGAAGCCGCAUGCGAAGAGGUUGCGCGAAUACUCCCACUGCGCCGGAAGAGAUUUUGCUCCGAGAUCAUGCGUGCCAAGGCCGUCCUUGGUUUAGGGCCCGAUGCGCACGAGGUCUCCCAGGUCCAGCAGGCGUUCCGCUCGCUCAUGCGGAAGCUGCACCCCGACCGCAUUGGCGUGAACCGCGAGGCCACGGAGGCCAUGGAGCUGCUGCGGGAGGCCAAGGCCUCGUGCGAGCGCGCCUUCUCACGGCUCCGGGCGCCCCAGGCGCCGACGCGGCUCGCCGCCACGGUGCUCUGCGCCGCCGUGGGCCAGCGGAGGAUUCGGCUGGACUGGCGGGCGCCGGAGGAGAGCCGCAGCUGCCCCGUGCGGCGGUACCUGGUGGCGGCCUUGGACCCGGCCUAUGGCCAGGCGCUGACCAUCACCGUCCUGGAGCCCGAGUACAACGAGAGCUUGAAGCGCUUCACGUCUUUGGACGAGCUGGCCACCUAUGUCCUGGCAGAGGAGGAGCUCUCCAAACUGCCCAGCUUCUUUCAGCAAGCCACUGCAGUUGUUCAGGUGGCGGCUGAAAAUGAAGCAGGUCAAUCAGCGUGGUGUACGCUUCAGUUGUCCCUUCGCAGCUCAGCUAGUGCUCCCAGAAGCCUCAAGGUGGAUGAAAAAACCACCGCUCCCAGAAGCAGCAAAGACGAAAAGCCCGGAAAACGAGCAAACCCCAGUGUGCCUUCCGCCUCAUCCCGCGAAUGCAGGGAAUUCGAGGCAACCGCUCAUUCCUUGGCCCGUGAAGGCGGUAACCAACUAUGCACGUGGCUGCGCAAGCAGGGCAAGGCUUUGCUUGGCACUUGGUUGCGGUCGCAAGGAUGGCCUACAACAGGGUCGAAAGAUGAAUUGGUGGAUCGCGUUGCCUUUGCCGUUGGGGCUGUUGGCAAGGUGAGGUAGCGAUUGAAUUCUCUUAGUUCAGCAUUUUCAGCAGCUGUGUGACACCAGUCAACUGGCGCUGUGAUUACGUUGACUCCCAGGAUCAGUUGGACAGCGGG